AUGAUCUUUGCCACACCAACAAUGGACAAAGAAAAGUCUGAUAAUAUAAAACCAAGUUAUUGGUACUGUGAUCGAUGCGAACGUGUGAUCAAUCACGGCGAACUACGCUACAAUUGUACUAUUUGCGACAAUUACGACUACUGUGAACAAUGUGUUGCAACAGCGAAACCACCACAUCCACAUGCAAUGGUACCUGAACUGGCAUAUGGUCAAGAAGAAUCAAAAGAAUGCAUGAAAGUGGAUAUAGCUACUGCACUACGCGCAGCAAUAGCAAUGUACUGGGAUCGUCAUUGUCUGGGCACACGAGACAGAGAUCAGGAUGAUCCUUCUAUCUAUAAAGAUUCUUAUUCUUGGCUCACUUUCAAGACCAUCGGUGACCGAGCUAAAAAUUUUGGACACGGUCUCAGACAACUCAUCAAUCCUCGACAGUACCUUGCAAUCUGUGCUGCUAACCGACCCGAAUGGGUCAUCGCUGAUUUUGCAUGUGUCUUUCAAAGUAUUAUCAGUGUACCAAUCUACACACUUUUUACUGAUCGUGAGAUGAUACAUGUACUUAACAAUACGAAAAUCUCAGUGAUAGUUUGUGAUGGAGAGAUGUUGUCGAGAUUCGUUGGUAUUCGAUCAGAAUGUCCAAAUGUCGAACAUAUCGUGUGCAUGGAUCCAAUUCCAGAUGAACUGCUCACAUGUGCAUCCGACAAUAAACAUAUUCUACAUUCUAUGAACGAUGUGGAAAAGAAUGGUUUGAUGAAACCCUAUGAAUAUGUGGAAAUAGGACCCUCUGAUCCUCUGACUAUUAUUUAUACUAGCGGAAGUUCUGGUUUUCCCAAAGGUGCUAUUAUUUCCGAAGGUGCUUUUCGUGCUACAUUUCCACGCUGGUUUUUACCUUCUUCGCUCGAACGUGUAACGUUUUCGUACCGACCGUUGGUUUGGGCGGCUGAUCGUGAUGCAAUUAUUACUACAUUUUUAUGCGGAGGCCGAACAGGCUUUUAUACAGGAGACACAUCUCGACUAAUGGAAGAACUUGCGUUAGUUCGACCGACAUAUUUCGGUAGUCCACCGGCAAUUUGGAAUAAAAUCUAUACUGAAUUCAAAACAGCACUUGUAUCGGCAACUGUCAAUAGUUUACCUGAAGAGACGAUUCAAACGGAACAACACCUUCUUCAACAGUUUUCUAAGCUCAUACCAAAUCGAUGUCGAUCAAUUGCUAUUGGAGGUGCCAUGGUCAGUCCAGCUGUACUCAACUUUAUGAAACGUUGUUUCACACAAUGUACCGUGUAUGAAUCGUAUGGUAUAACAGAAUGUGGCAGCGUAACCCUUGACAAUCUAACCGAGCAUACAAUCGAAUUUCGACUUGAAUCUGUGUCUGAUAUGGGCUAUACUACAGAUGAUAAACCAUAUCCACGCGGUGAACUACUUACUAAAACACCUCAAAUGUUCUCAGGAUACAUCAACAAUCCAGAUGAAACGAAGGCUGCCCUUACCGAAGAUGGCUUCUUUCGAACUGGUGACAUUGUCGAACUACAAGGAAAUCAAGGAUCCCAGUUUACUAUACACAUUAUCGACAGAAAGAAGAACUUCUUCAAGCUUUCUCAAGGUCAGUUUGUCUCACCUGAAUAUUUGCAGAGCAUCUAUAUUCAAAGUCCUUUCGUCGAACAAAUCUAUAUUCAUGUCAUUUGCACAGCAACAUCACCUGCCAUUGCCACUUNGGGAAGUACACAUGAUGUUAUGGAUGCGGAAAGCGAAGUGAUGUUCGAAGAGGUGGUGAGUGGAAUGGAAGCAUGUGGAAUCAAGAUGGAAGGUGUAUCGGAUGAUGAAUGGAAAAGAAGACUCAAUAAGGAAAGUGGUGUUACCGACUCGAUCAAAGAAGAGUUAUUCGCCAACGCAUUUCGACAGAAUGAAGCAGGAUCAAGUGAACAGUUCUCUGCAAGUGUGUCUUCUCUCGAACUACCGCCGAUGAACAAAGACUAUUUGAAGAAAUGGUUCGCUUUUAUACUGAAACAUCUCGUAAAUAAAUAA